CUAAUUGAAAACACCGCAACCGGUGUCAAUUGGCAAUGGAAUCAGCUUGGGUCGUUUCGCAUGACGAAUGGUGUUCCGUUCACCUGAACACAGCGGUUAAACUUCCGGAUGUGGUGGCGUGGGAGCUAUCCGCCCGGACCAACUCCUGGAUCAACAUCCUGUGGUUGGAGGAGGUGCAGGUGGCGUCCGACUUGAACAUGGACCUGGAAUAUUCUCACUACGCCCCGGCUCGAUUCCGAAGCAUUCCGGAUUCAAGUCUGCUCGAUUUGCAACGGGGAUGUCGCUGGAUUGGUGAAAUGUUUGAGCUGGGUGACGAUAGAUGGCGGCCAGUAGUCCACGUCAACUGUGAGGCGAAGCAGGUGAGAGCUGCGCAACGCGAACCGGAAGUCGAAGCGAGCUUUUGGGUGAAUGAUGACCGAUACUCCGGCAAAUUGGAGCAGGUGAUGCGGAAGCAAGUGCAGGAGUGGCUCGGCGCAACGAAAGUGGUGUAUGUGUACGAAUGCGAUUCGGCUGGUAUGUUUCUGGAGGAUUGCGAUGACGAGGACAAGAAUUAUCAUUUGGCAGCAUGCUCCGACGGAGAGACGCUUCCUAACCGUGAGCUGUUCACUAACUUGUUAUCGGUUCCGGUACAAGCGGCUUACGAAUGGCACUGCGUUCAGACGAAUAGAACAACCGCCAUGCAGUCAGUUCCAGGAGAGUUGACCGACAGGCAGAUGCUCUUGGGACAGUUGGAUUGGGUACUGACGCUGAUUACGGAUGCUAUUGCGAAGGAUUCGCUGCCGAGGGAGAAGUUCUAUGAGUUGUUCCGCAAGGAUCUUCUAACGGGGACGCUUUUCCGAAGGUUUCUCCUAUCGCAGAGGGUUCUGAAAAGUUUCGGUUGUAAUGCCGUUUCGAAACCAGACCUUCCCGAUUGCAGUCAGCACCGGUUGUGGGCGAUCUGGGAUCACCUGAUGGACAUGACGGCAAUGUUGCUUUCCGUACAAAGCGAGAGGGAAUGCCCAAUUGUGGUCGCAUUCUUCCGGAUUCUUCUGGACGAUCACUACCAGGAUCAUCCUAAUCUUCUGCUACCAGCAUUGACUAAAUCGAAGGAAUGUUCGAAGGCUCUGGAAGCUUUGAAUGUUUGUUGGACAAAGGUGGCGGAAGAUUGGCAACUUCAGGAAUGCAUCCUAAAUCAAGCUAUUCUUUUGCUGCACUGGGAAGACGAUGGAAUGCGCCAGAAGACGAUCGAAUGCCUGGUUAAAAUCAUUGCAAACGAAUUAGAACUUGAGCAGUUUAUGAUAUCCGAUGUCGACGUUAAUCUGUGCGUCAACUUGGAAGCGGAACCGAAUUCAGGACUUAUUGCCCAGACGCUUUUCCUGCAGCUUUUGUUUGAAAAUAAUUCAACCAUGCGCAAUUCGAACCACAAACAGGCCCUGGGAGCAGCUUGCUCCGAGCUGAUGCGCCACACGGAAGCCAAAGUACGAACGUGGUCUGUUCUCCUGGCAGCUACAUUGUCCGAUGAAGACUUGCCUGGUCUGAGAAACCGCUUUCAAGACCUCUUGAGUGAUCCCGAGCCCAAAGUUCGAGCUGCCGCUCUCGAAAGCUGGAUCUCAUCGGAGAAUCAAGAUGUCUGCAUCGACAGGCUCCUGUCCAUGGUUAGCAUCAGUUCGAGCUCAUUCGUACGCCGAGAGGUCACCGAUGCCUUGAUCGCCGUGAUCGCAGCCGAUCGAAUUAAGGAGCUUAUCGCUGUUUGCAAGCAAGAAACAACCUGCGCCAAACAACAACCGGAACCAUUGAAAUCCAAGGGUAAGGCCAAGGCCAAGCAGCAACCGAAGAAAAGGUCCCAAACGGCCAACUCGGACACCGAACUCGGCCGAGCGUGGCGGGUAAUGGUUGCCCUUCAGACGGACCCGGACCAGACAGUGGCCACCUCGAUGCGUUCCUUGGUCACAUUUGUGAGGGAACGGGUGGCCGAACUGGAAUCGAAAGACAAGAAGAAAAAGAAGAAGACGAAUGUGGAUUGUAAUGAGUCGAAUUUUCCACUCCCAACGCGGAAGCCACUGUAUGGUCGGCUCUGUCGGGAUUUGCUGCAUGCUACAGAAGAGGUAUUCAAGGACGAAUCGACGAAGGAGUGUAAUUCUACGCCUUUGAAUGGCCUUUCGGUACCGCGAAAUCCAACGUUGGCAUUGUUGAACCAUCAGCUGAAGAGCUUCCACGCGCAGAAGGUGCCGGAAAUGGUGCGCUUCGGGUCGGACCGACAGAUGGUCACCGUCUGCAAGGACGAUGUUACUUGGCGAGAUUACACCACCGGUUGUAAGGCUCACUUGGACGCACCAGCGAAGGCCACAUCCCUACUGAUGGACACCCCUAAAGGCCGGUCUUCGUUACUGGUGGGCUACCAUGAUGGAUCCGUCCGCAUGUGGCAACCCCACUGGAAAUCGGAUCCAACGUUGAUCACCGUUUGGCAGGCUUUGUACGACUUCGAUAGCGCACCGUCGCACAAGGUCCAUGGCGUAUCGAUGGCCUUGAUCGGGAGCGGUCAGUUGAUGACCGGCGGCGACGCCAAGUACCUUCGGAAGUGGGAUCUCGAAAAGGAGCUCACCCUGGGUGAUGUCAGCAUUGGAACGGAUCAAGCGGUGACUGGCUUGGCGAGCAAUGGAAGCUACAACGUUGUUGCCGGAUUGGAAAACGGUACCGUUCGGCUGUUCGACAUCCGGGCUGAAGCGGACGGAAAGGUUGCAGUCGGACCGAAACAUGGCAACCCGGUUCGGGCGGUUAGUCUCCGUCCGGACGAUCUGAGCAUGGUGAGUGUAUGCAGCGGGGGCAGCGUGCACCUGGUGGAUUUGAGAAAGAUGAUUCCGGCGGUAAAGAAGUGGUCGGUGGCUGCUGUUCCGAUUGAUGUGGCCGUUCACGAACGGCUGGACGUGGUGGCUUUCGCGGGGGAUGCUUUGCUGGAGGUGUAUUCGAUCGAAGGGGAAAGGAUCUGCGGUGGGCAAGAGGGAGGAGCUGUCUGUGUUGGUUUCCACCCGAGUGAGGCUCUGCUAGGUGCUGGGUAUCAGCGGGAUGGCGGUACAGUUGUUCUGUAUGGCGAGGGGGAAGUUUGAGAUUCUGCGCUUCUAGGUUGGUAGGGGACAAAGUGCAUCGGUUUCGUUGAACUGAAUUUUACCGCAUAAUGACAAGAGGGUUUUAAUAUUCAAAUAAAGAUAGUUUUUAUUCGUUCAGAGUAAUUCGUUUCCUUUCACGAAUUCCAAUUACAUAGCCAGACCAGAUAAGAUAACAUUUACAGUUGUGUGUUGCUUUCCUUUACACCGAGUAUGUAGUGGUUGGGUAAUAGUAGGUAGUAGCAGCUAUUAGCGGGGUUCGCCGCAGUAAUAUUACAAAUUUUCGUUAUUUACGUAACCUUCGUCAGUUGGUUCCCUGCGAACGUUGCUCUUGAAUUGUGACUUGAUUUGCUAGCUUUCUUCUUUAGUAGCUUGAUUGAAUUUUCACAACUUUUUCGAUUGCUAGUAGGUUGUAUAUUCCAUUGGAUAUGCUAUUUUGUAAUAUGUCCUUCUAUAACCUUAACGGAACAGUUUCAUCAUUUACGUAGGUUGGGGGAGAGGGGGAAAAUAGACAUGAGGGAGGUAUUGGCACAAAUGAACAUUUGAACAAAACUUCAACUUACAAUUAAGACAAAAAUAAACGAUGGGUUUAGUCUUAUGGACUCUGUAUUUUGAGUUUCCAAAAAUGGCAUUCUCUGCUUUUUUGUCUUGAAACAAACGUUUUAGCUUAGUAGUAGGUCUUGUUCAGCAUUCAAUGUUUGCUGGGAUCCUAAGUCCUUAGUCCUAACUUGUCCGAGAGAAAGGGAGUAGCGAUCCUGAUAUUGAGGUCGGUAAAUAAUGCACUUUGAUACUAUUUCAUGCUGAGGACGGGGAAUCGACUG